AUGCUUCCAUUGGGGUACAUUGCUUUGUAAUAUUUAGUUUUUAGUGAUUUAAAUGCUUAGAAUUUGAGAAACUACAAAGGUGAAUUACAAAGGAAUCGAAGUGCAAGGAAAUUAUGGUAAAAUGAUUAGAAAAGUCCAAGAGCAAAUGUACAAUAGAAAAAGUAUUGAUUAAAUAUUGAUUAUGAAGAGUGAGAAAAAAGAGUACUUUAAAGUUUGAAAAUGUUUAAGAUGACAUUAUUCAAAUUUAAAUGGCUUCUGAUGAAAGUUAUGAAAUGGAUAUCAAUGAGGAGAUAGAAAUUGAUAAAAAUGCUAUGUUUAGAGGAAUACAAACUGAAAUCAGUCCUGAUAGAAGGAAAACCUUCAAAGCGAAGCAUUGGUAAAUUUAUAAAACUCUUCAAUAAUACAUGGAUGAAGAGUUGAUUGAUGAAGACAAAGAAGAUAUUCAAGAGUAGACACCAACUCCUUUAAUUAGAUAAAAUCAAAAAUUAGCACCUGAUGAGAUAAUAUUUUAAAAGAAUUUAUAAAUUCCAGAUAUUAUAGAUGAAUUUACAAAAUUAUAUGAAGUUGAUCCUCAUAAUGAUAAUUAUAAUUUAUAAUUAGUACAUGUAGAAGGUUGGGAAGAAAUUUGGUUGAAUCAUAAAUUUUAUAAAGAUACAUAUAUAUUACUAUAGUUGAGAAAGUUAAUUGUAACAUUUUUUAAUUCAAUUUCAUUAAUUUGUUAUAAAAUAACAACCAAUAUAGUAUCGAACUUUAUAAUGCUAUUAUUAGUAUCAAUAAAUAUGGUAUUGUAUAUAACUAAAUUUUAUGAUGAUGUUUAUAUUACAUAUAAAUAAUUAUUUGAUGGUUGGUCAUUAAGUAAUAAAUAUUAAAUUAUAAAAUAGUAUUCUUUUGGAUUUAUGUAGUAGAACAUGGUAUAAAAAUAGUUGGAUUAGGAUUAGUUUAGUUUUUUAAAGUAUUUUGGAAUUGUUACGAUUUAGUUAAUGUAAGAUAUUAAAAAAGUAUAAAGCUUAUUCUUUUUGGAUUGUACAUAUAUGGUAGUUUGUCAUUUGAUUUUUCACCCUUAAGAGCAAUGAGAAUAUUGAUUUAAUUAGCAAAGAUAUCUUCAUAAUUAUAAAAGACAUUAAAAGCUUUAACAGAAUCAUUAAAGUAUAUGAUGGAAGCAUCUUUGGUAGUAUUAAUAUUUUGUAUAUUCUUUGCAAAUGUUGGCGUUCAUUUAUUUAGUUAAUUAUUAUUGAAUAAAUGUUUUUAUAUUGAGGAAGGGAUAUAGGAUUUAAAUUAAAAUAUUUGUGGUUGGGUAAAUUGUCCUAAUAAUAUGAAAUGUUUUAAAUCUUUAAAUAAUGUUGAUAGUGCUACUAAUUUUGAUAAUUUCUUUUUUGCUUUUGCAUAAAUCAUACGUACAAUUACAAUGGAUAAUUGGACAGAUGUUAUGUAUUAUACUAUGUAUACAUUAAGUCCAAUGACAUGGAUUUAUUUUGUUUUGGUUAUAUUUAUUGUAGGUAUAAUAUUAUUAUUAAAUUAAUAUAGGAUUUUUUGCAUUUAAUUUAAUUAUUGCUGUUUUGAAAACAUAUUAUUCUUAAAUUGUAUCUAAUUAUUAAGAAGAUAAAGAAGAAUUAUCAAAUAAAUAAUCAUAUAUAGAACCAUUAAAUUUAAGAUUUAUUAAAAAUAUUGGAUUGUAUAAUUAAAUUAAAACAUUAUAAAAAAUACGCAAAAGAUUCUCUCAAUAAUCACUUAAUUAAUCUAAUAUUUCAUAAAUUAAAUCAAUUGAUAAUUUAAUAUUUUCACCAAAAGGUAGUUAAUUGUUACAAAAAUCUUAAAAAGUAAAGUCAUAAUUUACAAAUGGAUUUGGUUAAAUUAAUAAAUUAUAGAAAAUGAUAAGAAGAGCUAAGACUGUAAAAGAGAAGAAAAAAUAAUAACGAUUAAUCUUAUCAGCUAGAUAAUAAAGAUUAUUAUAAAAGAGAGAGAAUGAAGAAAUGGGUAUAUUUAAUAAUAAUGAAUAAAGCAUUUUUGAUAAAUGUAAUUUGAAAGCUAUUUUAUAACCAUAAAGAAAUUUUAAUAUUGAAUAAUCAAAAUAUGAAUAGGCAGUAUAAGGAGAUGUUAAAGGUAAAAAAAUAUUAAUGAGUUUAAAAUAUAAUGAUGUAUUGGCAUGGAAAUUAGAUUUAAAAUACUCACCAUAUCAUUCUACAUCAAAAAGAGAUGUAAUAAGUGAAUUAAAGGAGAUAUUGGAAAAAGAGAAAAAACUCAAAGAAUAAUAUGAAAAAGUUAAAAGACAUAAUUUGAAAUAAUAUUAUAUGUUAGAUAUCUAUGAUAAAUAAAAGGAAAAGAUAACAUCAUAAUAAUUAUAAUCUUCAGAUAAUGGACAUCCAUCUAUUUAAAGACUUUAUAGCAUUAAAUAUGAUAUUAAUACAAGAAGUAGAGAUUAAAGUACUGCUUCAAAAAUCAAAUAGAAAUUUCCAAUUAAAAUUAGUAAAAGAAUGUUUACUUCUGAAUUGGACAUGGAUAAUUCAAAAAAUGAAAUACCUAGUAACAAAUCUACAAUAACUCGUAAAUCUUAUUUUGAUCAAUUAAGAAAACAAAGAUAAUUCUUUUAAAAGUCUCAAACUAGAAUGGCAAGAGGUACUUCAGAUGGUUUUAUGGAAUUUCCAGAAUGGUAAGAGGGAUAAUCUUAUAUAAUUAUAAAUGAUAUAAAGUGGAAUCAUGAAGCAUGUUCAAUAUUAAUAAAUAGAAAGAUUAAUGAUUUAGAUGAUGAAGAUGAUUUAGAGGAUGAUUAAAUUAUAGAUUUGGAUUGGAUGGAUUAAAAUUAUGAACACUUUGUUAAAAUAAGAGUAAUUUAUUUUAUAUAAAUUUAUAGAAAAAAGAAUUAGAAUAAGGAUAUAUAAGGAGACAUAAUAUUUCAAUACUUAAUAUAUUGAGAAAUGUAAGUAAAAGUAAAUUGAUAGCAAUACUAAAAUAACUUAAUAAACAUUAAUAUAAUAUUUGGAUAUAAGGAUUUUAUGGUUAUUGGAUUGUUAUUUAAUUUAAAUUACAUUAAUUAUUAGAAGAAAAGACUGUCUCAAUUAUUUUUGAUUUAUAUACUAUGAUAAAUUUUUUUAUUCUUUGUUCAGAUGGUUAUUUAAGUUCUGAUUUGGUUGAUUAAAUCAAUUCAGUUAUGACAUUCUUAUUAUUGGGUGAAAUCAUUUUAAAGAUUAUAGGAUAUGGAAUUCAAGAUUUUAGUAAAAAGACUAGUAAUAAAUUGGAUGCCUUUGUUCUUGUAUUAUGUUUAUUAUAAUAUUUUAUUUCAAUCACUUAACCAUUUUGGUUGGUAUAAUAUAGUAGUGAAAUUAAAGUAUUAAGAGCAUCAAAAGCAUUUAUGUUAUAUAGAGUUAUUAAAUAUAAUAAAUUUAUAGUAAGAAUAAUGAAGAUUGCUUAAUUAACAAUGAAAUCAUAUAUAAAUAUUACAUUUUUAAUGUUUUAUGUUAUUUUUAUGUAUGCUAUAAUGGGAUUAUAAUUUUUUGUGAAUAAAUUUGAUGAAUCAUAAAGAUUAGCUUAAUUACAUUCAUUUAAUAGCAUAGGAAAAUCAUGGAUGACUGUAUUUAAUACAAUUACAAAUGAUGAUGCAGUUGGAAUGUUAAAAGUAGCUACAUAAUAUACUGAUACAUGGAUUGGAUUGUUAUUUUAUAUAACAAUGGUAUUUGGAUUGAAUUAUUUAAUAUAUGGUUUAGUGAGUGCAGUAUUAUUGGAUGCAUUUUCAUCAGAAUUAGAAAAAGGGAAUUAAUAUGAAGAAAAGAGAGAAAGAAUAUUAUAAAAAUUAGGAAUACAAGAGAAUAUUAAUCAUAAUGAUACUCAAUUAGAUACUUUAUCAUCAUAUAAAAAUGAGAAGGAAUAAAAUGAAGAUAUACUUAAUGAUAUAAAACUUUAAUAAUAAUAAUUUAUUAAAAGAUAAACACUUAAUAGCAAAAAAAGUAUUUAUUAAUAAGUACCUGAAACAGUUAAACAUAUAUUUAGUAAAUAGAAAUCUUUAGAAAUAUAGUAUUAUAAAGAUAUUGAAUGCGAAUAUUCUUUAUUCAUAUUUCAUUUUAAUAAUUAAUUUAGAAAGUUUUGUUAUAGAACAACUUAAUCUUUUAUUUUCAAAUUGAUAUUGAAUAGUUCCAUUUGUUCUUCAGUAGCUACUAUGAUUAUAAUAUCAUUUGAUGAUAAUUUACCAUCUUUACAUACAAAUAAUUUAAAUACAUUUUAUGAAUUUCAUUUAUUAGCUGUUAAUCUAAUCAUUGCAAUUACAUAUAUUUUAGAAAUUAUAUCAUAAGGAAUGUUAUUGGAUUAAGGAGCAUUCUGUAGAGAUAUUUGGAGAUUCAUAGAUAUCAUAUAUUUACUUAGUUAUUAUUUGUCUUUUUUGACAUUGUCUCCAUUUUUGAAAUUCUCACUUUAUUUAAGUAUAUAUUUAUAUAUAUAUAUAUUUAGUUUAUUUACGUCCUUUAAUGAUGAUAAAUAUGUUUUAAAGUAUAUCAGGUAUUAAAAAUGCAAUGAGUUUGAGUUUAGUUUAAAUUCUAAAUAUUAUAGGAGUUAUUUUAUUAGUGUUUUUGAUAUUUGAUGUAAUAGGAAUGCAUUUAUAUUAAAAUAAAAUGGGUUAUUGUGAAGAUUUAAUGAAUUUUUAUGUCAAUAAAGAUUAAUGUUUACUAUAAAAUAAGACUUGGAUAAUUCAUCCAUAUAAUUUCGAAAAUAUUUUAAAUGGAUUAUUAACAUUAUUUUUGGCUGCAUCUUUAGAUGGAUGGGGAGAAAUCAUGUAAGUAUGUUUUAAUGCAAAUGAUUCUAAAUUUGGACCUACACCUCUUAAAACUUAAUGGGCUACUUAUUUAUUUUUUAUAUUAUUUAUUUUUAUUGGAGCUAUGUUUUUUAUGGGAUUCCUUACUGGUGUUCUAUUUACAGAAUUCUAAAAGUAUACUAAAAAAUUAGAAAAUAAGUUUUUGACUAGUGAUCAAUCAUAAUUUCUAAAAAUCUCAGAAUUAAUAUUAAAAUAAAGUCCUGGAUAUAGUAAUCCACCAAAAACACCACUUAGAAGAUUAUGUUACAGAAUUGUUUUUAGUCAAUUAUAUCAUAAAUUCUUUAUAAUUGUAUUAUGUAUAAAUACUAUUGUUUUAUGUUUAUUCUAUUCAGAUGCAUCAUAUGAAUACAUGUCAAAUCUAAAUAAGACUUAUUAAGUAUUAACAGGUGUAUUUGCUCUUGAUACUAUAAUUAAAUUAUUGGCUUAUGGUCCUACUAGAUAUUUUGGUAUUUAUAAUUUUUAAUAUAUAUAUAGCUACUAAUUGGAGAGUUAUUGAAUUGUCUCUUUCGUUUAUAGCUGUAGCUGAUUUUAUCUAUGAUACUUAUUGGGGAUGGUUUACUACUUUCUUAGGUGCUAAUUAAUCUGAUUAAUACUUUACUUUUUAUAGAAUAUUAUUUUGUUUAAGAGACAUUCGUAUUCUAUUGAUUAUUCAGGAAUUUAAAGGAUUAUUAAGAUUAUUAAGAGUGCUAUGGUUUUCAAUGCCAUUAUUAUUAAAAAUCUUAUAUAUUCAAGUCAUAGCUUAAACUACAUAUGCUCUAAUAGGAAAGGAAUUAUUUUCACAUAUUACAAAUGGAUCAGUAAUAGAUGAUAAAUAUGCUAAUUUUAAGAAUUUUAUUAAUUCUGCAUUAUUAAUGUUCAAAUGUACUACAGGUGAUGAUUGGAGAGCUUUACUUAUAGAUUGUUCUACUUAAAAUUAUUUUUGUAAAAGUGAUCCUAAUUAAUGUGGAUCUUCAUGGUCUUUACCAUUCUUUCUUUCAUAUUAUUUAUUUUCAAAUAUUAUCAUUAUGAAUUUAUUUGUAUUAGCCUUAGUAGAUUAAUUUGAAAGUAAUUUAAAUAAUUAUUAUAUAUUAGAUUUCUUUAAUGCCUCAACUAAUGCUAUAUAGACAUUUGUUGAAAAUGUUGAUCAUUUCUGUAAUGUAUGGUGUAAAUAUACAUAUGAUACAAAAGGAACUAAAAUGCAUACUCGUUUUAUAGCUCGAUUUUUAUUAGAUUUACAUGAACCCUUAGGAGCUCUCGAAGGUGAUAAUGUAUGGGAUGCAGCAAAGAGUGCAUCUAAUUUUAGAAUUAGAGCAAAUAAAUAAGGAUAUGUUUAUUUUAAUGAAUUACUUUAUGAAACUAUUCGAUUUGCUUUUAAAGAAAGUGUAUUUAAAUCAGGAUCAUUAAUUGGUAGAUCUCAAAUGAAAUAAUUUGAUAUAUCAAUGAAAAGAAAAAUGAAAGAAAAUAACAUGAAAUCAGAAUAAUAAGAAGAUUAAGAAUAUUUUUAGGAUGAAUAUAGUUCUAAACAUUAAAAUUUCAAUAUUCUUUCGGAAUAUCUUAAUGUAUUGAUUGCUCUUAAAACAUGGGAAGCAUACACUUAAAAACUCAUUGAGAAAACCAAAAAUCUUGAUGAAUACACAGAAUAAACCAGUUCAUCAGAUAAUGAUAAAAAAUAAUCUAUGAAUAUUGGAGCCUCAGUUUCAAGAGCUUCUUAAAAUAGAUUGACUUAAACAAUAGAUUUAGAUGAUCUUAGAGUACAACGAAAUUAUGGCCAUUUAAAUAUUUAUAAGGAAACAAAAUCAUUUCAAUAUUACUAACAUUGCAUAAUAUUAGAACCUAUUAGUAAAUCAUCACCAUAGGAUACAACAAUUUAAAAAUCUCCAUCAAGUUUCCUUGAAAAUUAAAGUAAUAUAUUUUUAUUAAUUCUUUAGAAAAACAUAAUCCAAAGAAAACAAUAAUAAAAAGAUAGUCGUCAUUAUUUAAAUAAAAUGUACAAUCUUUUAAAGAUGUGUUAGAUAAAGUAUUUUGA